AUGAUCACAGUCAACCCCGAUGGGAAGAUAAUGGUCAGAAGAUGCCUGGUCACCCUGAGACCCUUUCGGCUUUUUGUCCUGGGCAUCGGCUUCUUCUCUCUCUGCUUCCUGAUGACGUCUCUGGGAGGCCAGUUCUCUGCCCGGCGCCCGGGGGACUCCCCCUUCACCAUCCGCACAGAAGAGGACUUGAACUUGUGUCUGAGGCCUCUCGCCCAAGGUCUCUGCAGAUUCCCUCGGGGUCCAUGUGGCUGUUCCUGGCUCGCCAUCUCAUCUGGAAGUAGAGUGAUGGGUGGGCCGGAGUCCCGUGGUGUCCUCCGCAAGAUGAGUGACCUGCUGGAGCUGAUGGUGAAGCGCAUGGACACGCUGGCCAGGCUGGAGAACAGCAGUGAGCUACAUCGGGCUGCCGCUGAGGGGCGUUUUGCCCUGGACAGGCUCCCUGCCGGGACUGGCCUCAUGGAGCGGAUCCAGGCCAUCGCUCAGAACGUCUCGGACAUUGCUGUGAAGGUGGACCAGAUCCUGCGCCACAGCCUGCUCCUGCACAGCAAGGUGUCUGAAGGCCGGCGGGACCAGUGUGAGGCGCCCAGUGACCCCAAGUUCCCUGACUGCUCAGGGAAGGUGGAGUGGAUGCGCGCCCGCUGGACCUCUGACCCUUGCUACGCCUUCUUCGGGGUGGAUGGGACCGAGUGCUCCUUCCUCAUCUACCUCAGUGAGGUCGAGUGGUUCUGCCCCCCGCUGCCCUGGAGGAACCAGACGGCCACCCGGAGGGCUCCCAAGCCCCUCCCCAAGGUCCAGGCAGUUUUCCGGAGCAAUCUGUCCCACCUCCUGGAGCUGAUGGGCAGCGGGAAGGAAUCGCUAAUCUUCAUGAAGAAACGCACCAAGCGGUUCACGGCCCAGUGGGUACUGGCCGCCCAGCGCCUGGCGCAGAAACUGGGGGGUGUCCGGAGGGACCAGAAGCAGAUCCUCGUCCACAUCGGCUUCCUGACGGAGGAGUCUGGGGACGUGUUCAGCCCGCGGGUGCUGAAGGGCGGGCCUCUGGGGGAGAUGGUGCAGUGGGCAGACAUCCUGGCUGCUCUCUAUGUCCUGGGCCACGGCCUCCGGAUCACAGUGUCCCUGAAGGAGCUGCAGAGUAACUUAGGGGUGCCGCCAGGCCGGGGGAACUGCCCGCUCACCAUGCCCCUGCCGUUCGACCUCAUCUACACCGACUACCACGGCCUGCAGCAGAUGCGGCAGCACAUGGGACUCUCCUUCGGGAAGCACCGGUGCCGCAUCCGGGUCAUCGACACCUUUGGGACCGAACCUGCGUACAACCACGAAGAAUACGCCACGCUGCAUGGCUACCGGACCAACUGGGGCUACUGGAACCUCAACCCCAAGCAGUUCAUGACCAUGUUCCCUCACACCCCGGACAACUCCUUCAUGGGCUUCGUGUCCGAGGAGCUCAAUGAGACAGAAAAGCAGCUCAUCAAAGAUGGCAAGGCCAGCAACAUGGCGGUGGUGUACGGCAAGGAGGCGAGUAUCUGGAAGCAGCUCCAGGGGAAGGAGAAGUUCUUGAGCAUUCUGAACAAGUACAUGGAGAUCCACGGCACCGUGUACUACGAGAGCCAGCGGCCCCCCGAAGUCCCGGCCUUUGUGAAGAACCACGGCCUCUUGCCACAGCCUGAGUUCCAGCAGCUGCUGCGCAAGGCCAAACUCUUCAUAGGGUUUGGCUUUCCCUAUGAGGGCCCUGCCCCCUUGGAGGCCAUCGCCAAUGGCUGUGUCUUCCUGCAGUCCCGGUUCAGCCCGCCCCACAGCUCCCUCAACCAUGAGUUCUUCCGGGGCAAGCCCACCUCCAGAGAGGUAUUCUCCCAGCAUCCCUAUGCAGAGAACUUCAUUGGCAAGCCCCACGUGUGGACCGUCGACUACAACAACUCAGAGGAGUUUGAAGCAGCCAUCCAGGCCAUCAUGACAACCCAGGUGGACCCCUACCUGCCCUACGAGUACACGUGUGAGGGGAUGCUGGAGCGAAUCCAUGCCUACAUCCAGCACCAGGACUUUUGUGUAGACCCGGCUCCUGCCCCACCUGGGGCCCGAGCCCCGCAAAGCCCCUUCAUCCUGGCUCCCAAUGCCACCCAUCUCGAAUGGGCCCGCAACACCAGCUUAGCCCCGGGGGCCUGGCCCCCAGCGCACUCUCUCCGGGCCUGGCUGGCUGCCACGGGGAGGGCCUGCACGGACGCCUGCCUGGACCACGGGCUGAUCUGCGAGCCCUCGUUUUUCCCCUUCCUCAACAGCCAGGACGCCUUCCAGAAGCUGCAGGUGCCCUGCGAUGGCAUUGAGUCAGAGAUGAACCACCUGUACCCGGCCUUCGCCCAGCCCGGCCAGGAGUGCUUCCUGCAGAAGGAACCUCUGCUCUUCAGCUGCGCCGGCGCCAGCACGAAAUAUCGGCGGCUCUGCCCCUGCCGAGACUUCCGCAAGGGCCAGGUGGCCUUGUGCCAGGACUGUCUGUGA